UGUUCAAUGAUGUGAUGUCACAGGGUUGGAGGUUGAAGUUUGAUUAGAAGCUUUCGCGCGAAAACCAGGAACAGUCUGUCGAAUAUACCCCGUUCUAUUCGGUCUUGUGGAGCUUCGAUUUAAUUAUUUGACUGCCUUGGAAAAACUUGUUUGCCUUGUUUAAACAAUAAUUAGAAAGACUACAUUUGAAAUGCCUAAAAGAUCUUGCCCUUUCGACGAGACUUUCUCUUCUCAGUAUAAAAUUCACAUCGGGCAAAAGGAAUUGAACCACCACGGAGUCUUCGGUAGCAAGUACAGACAAGAAAUUUACGAGAAGACAAAGAGUUUGCUCUUCAAUGGUGCAAAAGCUGUCAUUGGGACACUGUGGAAACUGGAUGGCGAAGAGAAUCAGCCGGGCAUUGAAAUGGCUGAUCCGAGUGUGACCACUGUGAAUCGGACCCUGCUGCGAGGACAGACCGUGAUUGGAUUGGACGGCAAGCUGAGAAAAACUGGCCCUGCUGCUGAUAUCUCCAGGACUUCUGCAGCGUGCUGUGUCUGUCUGAAAGCCAUGGGGACGAAGAAGCUGUGCUCCCAGUGUGAACGCUCUGUCUGCCCGUCCUGCACAAGGCAGUGUAAUGACUGCUCUGGCCUCUGCUGCUCAGUCUGCACUGUCGUAGAUUACAGUGACCGGUAUGACAGAGUGCUAUGCUGUGACUGCUCAGCGUAGCC